AAAAAUGCACAUUUUAUUUUUCACUAUUUGUGAGUCUUGUGGAAGAGAUAUUAAAAUAACAUAAUAAAAUAAUCUAAUGAGUUUUACAAGAAUUGGACUAAGUGAAAAUAAAAACAAUGAUAAUACUUCGGCCAUCUCUAAAAAGGAUAAAAAAGAAGCAAAAGCAAACCCUUCUAUGUAAUAGUUCUUGCAAAAAGGUAUGACCAAAAAUAAGAGUACAUUUUUAUUUAAUUAUUAUUAAAAGGUUUAUAUGAAGACUCAUUAACAAUUAAUGGCAUAGAAUAAUUUGAAAAUUAUAAAAAGAUGGUUAAACUUGAAUAGAAAAGAGAAUCAACUAUUGAUAUCUCAAGAAUCUUAUUUAAAGGAACCUUAAGAUAAAGAUUUGAAAGACUCUAAAGUAUCAAAACUAUACAGUAAUUGACAGCUAUUCCUAAGUAUUAAUUAUUUUGUAAGAUGUUUCUCAACUUAAACACUAUUUUAAUCAAUUAGACUUUAGCAUUUUAAGAAAUUGUUUUUUUAUUUAAAUAGGAUUAUUAAAUAGAAUUUAAGAUUCAAUUUUUAUAGUAAUUUAUAUCUAUUUGGAGUGAUAUCUUUCAUUUAGUUUGGAAAUAAUAUGAAAAUGAUAAACUUAGUUUAUAAAUUGGAAUUACAUCUUAGUAAUUUUAAUAAGAUGAUGAUAAAACUAUUAUAUUUUAAUAAAAGUUAUUGAAUUACAUUUAAACAAAAGGAGAAUGUAUCGAAUUAUCUCCAUUACCAAAUAUGAAUAAUAUAUGUUAAGAUAAUAAACUAUAAGAUUAAGAAUCAUAAACUACUCAUAAAAUAAAUAGAGAUUAAUAAUAAAAUAAUAAUACAUAAUUAAAAUAGAUUGCAUUAGAAUUAUAGAAUUAUUUCAAUCUUAGAGAUGUAUCAAAUAUGUAUUUAAUUAAUGUUGAAAAGUAUUUAAUAAAAAAACAAUUUGAUUUAAGUUUAAAUAAUGGAAUAAUUAAAAUUAUCAAUGAUCUUACUUAAAAAUAUCCUGAUUGGAUAGUAUUGAUUUAAGGUCAAACUUAAUAGAUGAUAAGAAUUAAUAGAUCAAUUGAUAUCAAAUAAUUAAUGCUUGAAUAUGAAUGCUUAGAUUGUAAUUGA